AUGGCUGAGAUGCUCCUGAAGGCCCAAAAAUACAUGAACGCGGAAGACGCUCUAGCUGCCAUAAAAGAUACCGAGAGGCUGGGAGACAAGCCCAAGCGGGAAGACGACCGCAGAGGGCAAAAGAGAGACAGACCAGAACGUCGGAACAAUGACGGGAAUAGAAGGAGGGAUGAAAGAAAUCCUCGUCAGAACAAGUAUUGCCGGUUCCACAGAGACCACGGCCACAACACGGAAGAUUGCAGAGACCUGAAGGAACAAAUAGAGGAGUUAAUACGGAAAGGAAAGUUGCAGAAAUUUGUAAAGAAAGGAGAACAUAACAAGUUCAGAGACGACAACAGGACCCAAAAUGAAUCCUUCAUUCGGGAUGACGACCAUACGUCCCAACCUCCAUGCAAAGUGAUCGGGGAGAUAAACACGAUCACGGGAGGACCAGUCUCAGGAGGGUCAUUCAGGUCGCUUAGAAAAGCAUACCACAGACAGGUAAACAGCGUCCACGCUGUUCCUCCGUCCAAGUACCGACGAACAUACCAAGAUAUGUCCUUUAAUGAAGGAGACGCCAGGGGAGUGAAACAGCCUCACAACGAUCCCCUGGUCAUAGUGCUGAAUAUAGAAGGGUUCAAUACCAGAAGGAUCCUUGUUGAUAACGGAAGCUCGGCGGACAUCAUCUACCUCCCAGCCUUCCAGCAGUUGAAGUUAGAUCCAAAAAGGCUCCGUCCUUUUGACUCUCCGCUUGUCAGUUUCAGUGGAGACAGGGUCUACCCCAGGGGUAUAGUGACUCUGACGGUAACAGCAGGGACCUAUCCGUUGCAGCUGACCAAACAAGUAGAUUUCCUGGUUGUAGAUUGCCCCUCGUCCUACAAUGUCAUCAUUGGGAGGCCUACCCUAAACAAAUGGAAGGCAGCAACGUCCACAUACUGUUUGAAGGUGAAAUUCCCAACAGACGAUGGUGUAGGUGAAGUGAAGGGAGAUCAGGUCCUGGCGAGGGAGUGCUACCAGGCCGUACUGGCAAGAAAGGAGAACCACACGUGGACGAUAGAAGAAAAAGAGGAAGACAGAAUGGAGAUCCUGGAAGCAGUGGAGUUGGUAGAAGGAAAUGCGGACAGGACAACCAGGAUAGGGACGACGCUAAGCCCUGAGAUGAGAGUGAAACUCAUAAAGUUCCUUAAAGGGAAUCUUGAUGUCUUCGCAUGGAGUCACGAGGACAUGCCAGGCAUAUCUCCAGGGAUCAUCCAGCAUAGACUAAAUGUGGACGCCAACAAGAAGCCCGUUCAGCAACGACGAAGAACUUUCGCUCCAGAGCGAGAUCAGGCAGUAGCAGAAGAGGUAACCAAACUAUUGACAGCAGGGUUCAUCCGAGAGGUAUACUACCCAGAAUGGCUCGCCAACAUCGUCCUGGUAAAGAAACCAAAUGGAAAGUGGAGAAUGUGUGUAGACUUCACUGAUCUGAAUAAAGCAUGCCCAAAGGACAGCUUCCCUCUACCAAGGAUAGACCAACUCGUGGAUUCUACCGCUGGACACAAGUUGUUGACGUUCAUGGAUGCCUUCUCAGGGUACAACCAGAUAAAGAUGGCUGAAGAAGACCAGGAGAAGACCGCCUUCAUCACCAGCCAGGGACUCUAUUGUUACAAGGUGAUGCCUUUUGGGUUGAAAAACGCUGGAGCUACAUACCAGAGGUUGGUAAACAAAAUGUUCAACCAACAAAUUGGCAGGAACAUGGAAGUAUACGUAGACGAUAUGCUCGUCAAGAGUAAGGAAGAGCUCGCCCAUCUGGACGACCUGGAGGAGACUUUUGCAACCCUGAGAAAACACCAGAUGAAGUUAAAUCCUAGCAAAUGUGUUUUUGGGGUAGCCUCGGGAAAAUUCCUGGGAUUCAUGGUGUCCCAGAGAGGAAUAGAAGCCAAUCCAGAGAAGGUACAAGCUAUCAUUGACAUGGCUUCACCCAAAACCGUCAAGGAUGUACAAAAACUUACGGGAAGGAUAGCAGCUCUAAACAGGUUCGUCUCCAGGGCCACAGACAAAUGCUUGCCCUUUUUCAAAACCCUCAAGCAGGCCUUUGCUUGGACUGACGAAUGCGAAGCAGCGUUCCAAGAGUUGAAACGAUAUCUGAGCAGUCCACCUCUCCUGAGCCCGUCUAAAGGAGGGGAGAACCUAUAUUUGUACCUGGCAGUAUCAGCGUCGGCAGUCAGCGCAGCCUUGAUUAGAGAAGAAGGCAAGAAGCAACUCCCGGUGUACUACGUCAGCCAGGCCUUUCAAGGAGCUGAGUUCAGGUACCCAAGAAUUGAAAAGAUUGCGUUCGCACUUAUAGUAGCUUCGCGCAAGCUCAGACCGUAUUUCCAGUCAAAUCCUAUCCUCGUAAUGACGGACCAGCCAAUCAAGAAGUCAAUGAACAAACCGGAAGCAGCAGGGAGAAUGGUCCAAUGGGCAAUCGAACUCAGUCAAUUUGACAUCGAGUACCAUCCAAGAGCAGCCAUCAAGGCACAAGCCCUGGCUGACUUCAUCGCUGAAUUCACUCUUCCAGACGAAGCAGGAACUACCGACGUAGUUGGAAAAUGGAUAAUACAGACAGAUGGUUCGUCAGCCCAAAAGAGGGGGGGAGUAGGGGUCGUCAUAACCACCCCCGACGGAGAAGUGAUGAAAUAUGGAGUUCAACUGGAGUUCCCAGCCACCAAUAACGAAGCCGAAUAUGAAGGAAUACUGACGGGCUUGAGGCUUGGAAAAGCUCUUGGUGCCAAAAACUUGCUUAUCCAGAGUGAUUCAAAGCUGGUAAUCGGACAGAUCAGUGGAGAGUACGAGGCAAAGGAGGAAAGGAUGCAGAAAUACCUUAAACUGACAAGGCAGCUAACUCAGGAGUUCGACACAGUGGAUUUCGUCCAGAUACCAAGAAACCAGAAUAUUGAAGCUGACGAAGUGUCGAAACUAGCAUCGUCAGAAGCAGGAAUGACAAGCGCAGACAUGGCAAUAGAAAUUCAGAAAUGCCCAAGUAUUGAGGAGGUGGCAGUGCUCACCACCCAGAGCACAAACACCUGGAUGACGCCCUUGAUAUCCUACCUCCAAGACGGACACUUACCUCAGAAUACUGACGAAGCCAGAAAGGUCAGAAAGAGAGCGGCUAGGUUCACGAUCCUAAAUGACGUCUUGUACAAGAGAGGCUUCUCUAUGCCCUACCUGAAGUGCGUCGACGAGGACGAGGCCAAAUACAUCCUAGAAGAGGUACACGGAGGAGUCUGUGGCGACCAUGCCGGCCCCAGAUCCCUAGUAAACAAAGUGAUAAGAGCGGGGUACUUUUGGCCAACCAUGCAGGGGGAUGCUGCUAACCUCGUCAGGAGAUGCAACAGAUGCCAGCGGUACGGGAAUGUACAACGGCUUCCAGCAGAGAAGAUGACGACCAUAUCCUCCCCAUGGCCAUUCGCGCAAUGGGGAAUCGACAUCGUCGGUCCUCUGCCCCAAGGUAAAGGUCAGGUAAAAUUCCUUCUAGUUGCUAUUGACUAUUUCACAAAAUGGGUUGAAGCAGAGGCUCUAGCAACCAUCACUGAGGCUCGGAUCCGGAGCUUCGUAUGGAAAAACAUUAUCUGCAGGUUCGGGAUCCCUUUGACGAUCAUAUCCGAUAAUGGGAAGCAGUUCGAUAGCCAAGGCUUCAGAGAGUUCUGCUCGAACCUCGGGAUCAAGAAUCAAUUCUCAUCCCCGGGACACCCCCAGGCAAAUGGACAGACGGAAGUAACAAACAGGACGUUGCUCAAGAUAAUCAAAACCAAGCUGGACGAAGCAAAAGGUGCCUGGCCCGAAGAACUGCCUAAUGUCUUGUGGGCAUACAGGACUACAGCCAGAACCCCGACAGGAGAGACACCCUUCAGGCUCACCUACGGCUCAGAAGCAGUGAUCCCAGUAGAAGUUGGAGUAACAAGCAUCAGGCGAGGAGCUUUCAGAGAGGGACUCAAUGACGAGGGACUGCAGUUCAACCUGGAUUGCUUGGAUGAAAUAAGAGACAAUGCGUCCAGUCGAAUGACAAAGUAUCAAAAGAAAAUGGCCGAGUAUUACAAUAAGAGGGUCAAACUCAGGCGGCUGGCCAUAGGGGACCUCGUCCUUCGCAAAGUCACUAUAGCUACUAAAGACCAGACUCAAGGGAAGCUGGGCCCUACAUGGGAAGGGCCAUAUCGCGUCGUUCAUUACUCUAGGCAAGGGAGUUACCAUCUGGAAACUAUGGACGGACGAAAACUCCCUCGUCCUUGGAACAUUGAGCAUUUAAAGAAAUACCAUGAGUAAAUGUAACACACGAAUGCACUCGUUAUUGAAGUUAAUAAAAGUAUUAUUCAUUCAAUGUUUUUGCGCAGGCAGCACAGGUCAACCAUGAGGCCUAUAAAUCACUAAGUAACAAGAUUCCGCCUUGACGGAUGUAAGUUACCGACGACCAUAAUACUAUGGUUAAAAGACUUAAGUAACAAGAUUCCGCCUUGACGGAUGUAGGUUACCGACGGCCAUAACACUGGUUGAAAGACUUAAGUAACAAGAUUCCGCCUUGACGGAUGUAAGUUACCGACGACCAUAAUACUAUGGUUAAAAGACUAAGUAAUAAGAUUCCGCCUUGACGGAUGUAAAUUACUGAAGACCAUAAUACUAUGGUUAAAAUACUAAGUAAUAAAAUUCCGCCUUGACGGAUGUAAAUUACUGACGUUAAAAG